UCUGAUGAAAUAUUUUUAUAGCUUAAUUCAUUUUUUUUUAUUUAAUAUGAAUUUGCCUCUUAAUUUAUAUUUAUGAUUUGUUUAAUAACUUUUAAUUCAUUAUCAAUAUUUAGCAUUUAUUCUUCUAAUUCUUCGGAACAGGGAUUUGCGGUUAGAGACUAUUUCGUUUUGAAACAUCUUUUUGAAGACGGACUACAUUUCAUUCAUUCAACCACAGAUCGUAAUUUAGACCUGAACCAGAGAACAAUCACCUCUGAUCCAGUACCCCCAGUGGUAUUACUCUCGACAUGGAAGCCACCACCACACACAGAGUCUUUGGCUGGCUGGUUCGAACUCGCAACCCAAGAUAAUGACAAUAUUGGAGGGAUAUAUUCCAUUCCAACUGAAGAUGGUUUAAGAAGACAUUUUUGCAUAUCUUGUUCCUAUUCUACGUAUGUCAAAAGCAACAUCAAUAGACAUAUGCGAACUCAUACAGGAGAACGACCUUUUGUUUGCAAGAUAUGUGGAAAAAGAUUUGCUCAUAGUCAUCAUUUUAAGCGGCAUUGUUCUACACACUUGUUCCUGGAUUGUUCAUCAAAUAGCAGUACCUGAAUCUGGAAGCAUGUAUAAAAUGUUUUUUCAACAUUUCUUCAUAUUUGAAUAUUUUAAAAGCUUAGUUUGAAAAGCAUUUUCGAAUUCAGUCUGUUGAAUGUUCUUAUGCAUGUGUCUACCUGGAACACUUCAUCACUUGUGAAAAUAUUAAUGUAGUUUGUGGUAUCAAUUUUAUUAUGUUCCAAGACAUGCUUGUCCCUUUUGUCCAAAAUGAAUUAAUGUUAUUAUUUAACUGAAUACACAUUCUUCAUUUCUGAAGAACUUCUAAGCAGCAGAAAAUAUUAUACAUGGGAAUUCUUUGAUGGAGAAACUAAGUUUUACUUGCUGAAAUAAAGUGUUUAAACUUGUUCACAAAAUAACAACUUUAAUAAAUCCUUAAUGGAAAGUUAUAGCAUUAAUUUUUCGCAAUAUAAUAUAAAAAUUUGUAGUCCUUGUUUAUUUUAAAAUUUAAUUAUCUAUCAAAACAGAUAUAUUAUUUGUUUUUAAAAAACAUUGUAUGUAGUGGAAAAUUUUUUGAUGGGAAUUUAUUUUGGAAGUGAUAUCUGUAUUCAGUAUUUAGGCAUUAUGUAAGUGAGUUUUUAAAUAAAUUUUGUAAAGAAGUAAAUCACCACUUUUUGUUUGUGUAAGUCUUUUGAUUUAAAUUUGAAUGUGAUGGUAAAUUAAAUAAUCGAUCAAAAUGGGAAAAAAUUUUAAAAUAUCCUGCAGAAGAGGCAAAAUAUUACAUCAUUUCAUGAACUGUUAAAUAUUUAUGAUUUCUUAAAAAUCUAUAAUAUGAAUCUCAUUUACUUUUUAUAACAUCUAUAUAUUAUUCAUGCUUAAUUUGCAUCAUCAAAAAGAUUUGCAAGACACACACACACACAAAAAUCUUAUAUAUAUAUAUAUAUAUAUAUAUAUAUAUAUAUACUUAUAAUAAAGCUCAAUGUGUGUGUGUGUGUUGGCGCUCUACAGGCCAGGUCAUUUGACAUACAGCUAUCAAAAUUGGUACAUGUAUACCUUAGAGGUCGGGAAUGUGCACCUGGGGUCCCUUUUUUUGAAAUUUUAAUUAGAAUUUUAAUUAUUAAUUAAAAAUUAACUUUCCAGCCAAAAAAAUCUUCCAUUUUCCCCAUCGCCAAAUGAAUAAGGCUUCAGUUUCUUUUUUCUCCCAACAGUAAUGAGGCUAGGGUUAAUAUUUUUCGGCGCAUUAUUUCAAACGAUUCUGUUUAUUUUCUGAAUGUUUUAUGCAUUUAAAAUUAAACAUUGUUAAUUAAUCCAUGUUUCAGAUUCAUUCUGAAGUACUUUUGAAUUAAAAUAACACAGAAUAAAGGAAAUUAAAAAUGUAUAAUCUGCCUAGCGUUACCCCAACUGGCGUAGAAAAAUUCACGCAUUUGCGUUACCUAACUGGCGAAGAAAAUUCACGCAUGCGCAUUGUUUUGAUUGUUGUCAUGACAACCACUUUCAACGGAUGAUUUAAAUUAUUUUUAGGUUAGUUGCAUGCUUUUGUAAGUAAAUUGUAUUUAUGUUAGUUAUAUAUUUUUUGUAUAUGCUUAUAGUUUUAAGUACAUCGUUUUUUAAGUAGUUUUUUUAACCUGUUUUCAAUGAUUUAAAUUAUUUUUAGGUUAGUUGUGUACUUUAGUAAUUAAAUUGUAUUUAUGUUAUAUAUUUUUUUGUAUAUGCUUAUAGUUUUAAGUACAUCGUUUUUUAAGUAGUUUUUUUAAACCUGUUUUA